GUUCUCAAGCAUCAUUAAGCAGUGCCGAAGGAGGAGGCGAGGGAGAGAAAGCAGUGGCAGGGAGAGAGAGGGCAGAAGUUGGAUGGCGCUUUCCUUUGUCACCGUGUCUUCGUGCCUGUGAUCAUCGAGCGAGCCUAUCUGCGAUCCGUGAAAUCACACCGUCUGUCGCCGUUUCACGUCCAAGCGACCCCACCGGAUUUCAUCCAAGAAACGGUCCGAACCUGUGGCCAAGAUGAUGGAGGAAUCGGUGUCCACGUUUGAGACGCAUCUGACGGCUGUCAUGGACAGUCUGAUCCGAGCCUCGGUGUGCGAGAUCACCAAACUCUUCCAGGACAUGGUGAACGACUACCUGGUGGAGCUGUCCCUCAACAGGAAGGAGAACGAGGCUCUCAAACAGCGGCUGAAGCUCACCGAGAACAAGCUGAGGACCGAGCGCAAGUACGGGAUGGGCUGGGCUGCCAACCGCCGCAACGCCGGGCUGGCGGCAGCGGAGGAGGGAGGUGGAGGAGGAGGGCGGCAGAAACGAAAAGUUGAGGUGGCCCGAGCUGUGGGGAUGGUAGCAGGAGCAGGAGGAAGAGGGGGGAAGGAGGCCAGGGAGAUGUACCUCAUCCAGUUCCCGGGGGAUGAAGAGGAUGAGGGAGGGAUGGUGGAGGACGAGGAAGGGGAGGGCAGCCUCAGCGGUGAGGGGGAGGAGACGGCCAACAUCAAAGAGGAGUUUGCACAAACAGAGGGCUAUCAACCUGCCUCUCUCCGACUAAUCAAGGAGGCUUUGAAGAUGGACCCACCCAACCAGAACUUCCACCCCGGCUCCAGAGCCCAAAGCGAAGGAGAUAUGUCAGAUCAUCCACCAACUCUUCAUUCAGGGGAUAGAGAGGACGAGGACUGGGAGGUGGGUUCAUCAGAGCCGUCGCAGGGGGGCAUGACCAUGGAUGAGCUGAGGGGUCUGGAGUCCGCACUGAGGGCUGAAAGAGGGCGUGAAAAGGCUGCCAUGACGGCGCCUCAUCCUGUCAGUCCUGGCUCAGUAGUGGUGCGAGGCAGCGAGAGCAGCCUGGCCCCCAAGUACAUUGGUCUUGAUGGAAUGGAGCAGGACGAAGAGCUGGAGCCACCCACCCUGCAGAGAGAGGAGCAGAUAGGGCAGGGCAGGUUGAAGGACGCAGUGAGGGCCGGAGUGGAGCUGAGGUUAGGCUGGUCGAAGAAGUUGAGGGAGGGCGACUCGGCUGCGGGCAUGACUGGAGAGGAUGCGGUGGAGCAGGGAGAGUCGGAGCACCUGCCCCACCUGUCUGCUCCGGGGAGUGUCGGGGAGAGUGGAGGGGAAGAGGAGGGUGGUGGGGACCUGCUCCACUUCUGCCCACAGUGUGGAGGAGGCUUCACCUCAGAGGCUGAGCUGGAGGAGCACCCCUGUCCACUCGGAGGCUCUCAUUUACAGGGCAGCGAGGAGGAUGGUCUUUUCCCUUGUGCCCACUGUGGCAACACGUUCAGCCACGCCUGGGCUCUUAAGAACCACGAGUGCGCCUGUGCUGCUGAACGGCCACACUGCUGCGAGAUCUGCGGGAAACGCUUCACGCACUCGCGCUCACUGGAACGGCAUCACCUGGUGCACACAGGCGAGAGGCCGCACCGGUGCCCUCAGUGCGGACGCAGCUUCAGUCGCCUGGGCAAUUUGGAACGGCACCAGCGGAUUCACACAGGCGAACGCCCAUACGGGUGCGAUGCGUGUGGAAAGCGUUUCAGUCGCGUGGAGUACUUGAAGAGACACCAACUCAUACACAACGUGAAAAGGCGACACUCCAGUGCUCCAACUGUGGAAGCGGCUUCAGUGACGUGGAGCAACUGAAAAACCACCAGUGUUUUUAGAGCACAUCCUUCAAAUCUCUGAUCGAACUGGAAAGAAAAAGCAGGUUUUUAAUUGAAUGUGGCAGAAUUCAGGGGAUGAAUGUGAGCGGAGGAUGCUCAUUUUAUUUUCAGUGACUUUGGAGUUGCCUUUCUUAUAUGCUUUGACAGGAUGAAGAAGUUAAAUUAAGUUAAAGACAAGAAACAGGUACAUGUGUGGAAGAUUAUUGUUGAAUAAAAACAAAGAAGGUAAAUGUCCAAAGUUGACAGGAAGACAGUUGUACAUGGUGUUUCUCUGUGAGGGGAGGAAUAAAAUCAAUCUCAAAUGUUCUUCAGCCAUAUUAAUUUGAAGUGUUCUCAUUUGUAUGUACAAAGCUUGUACUUAUUUAUGAUCAAUAAAUUGUACAUUCUUUUGUCUUUAUAUCAAUAAGUCACUCAUGUUGCAGCCGAUGCCCUUGUUUUUUGCUGAUACAAUAUAAUUGUCAACUUGGUAUUUUGUAUGUUUGUGUUUUGGUCAUAUUAAGAAAUAAAUAUUUCUAUUCAUCAGAAGGCUCA